AUGUGCAGCCGGUUGUUGCAGAAAAUGGAGAAUUAUCAAGGAGAUUUAGCUGAUAUUCUACGAGCCGGCGGUGGAAGAAGCAUAGCUUCUAGCAACAUAUCAUCUGCUGAAGUAUCUGUAUCCGCCCCAAGAGACUGGCAGUUUCCAAGCAAUCAAGUAGGGAUAUAUGAAGAGCCAUCAUUGGAUGAAUUUGGCGAUCCAUUCACCAACAUGAGAGAUCCACUCCUCCUCCCUGAUAUGGAUCAUAUGCCAACUUCAGGCUUUUAUGAUGCUAGUUCAACUGAUCAUAUUAUCACGUCUGGAACUACUACUGCUGCUGAAAAUACAGGAGGUUUUAGUUGCAGUGACGUAGGAGGUGGCGGCGGCGUUGGUGGUUGUAAUAACAGUAGUAGUUUACUUACUCAGAGAAUUCUUGAUGAUCAUGAGCUCAGUAGAAGACCUCCCAAUAAUAUUUUUACACGGAUGCUUCAGAUCUCGCCUAAUGCCAAGCCGCCCUCAUCUCCACGAGAAUCUCAGCUUCUUGUGGCUCCUUCCCCGAGGGGGCUCAAGCCCCCCACGUUGGUUACUAAUGACAUGAUUAAUACCUCGAAUAAUUCCAAGGUUUCAGUGAUUGAAAAUGCCCCGGUGCAGAUCUCGUCCCCGCGAAAUACGGGGAUCAAACGAAGGAAGAGUCAAGCCAAGAAAGUUGUUUGCAUACCAGCACCUGCACCAGCAAACAGCAGGCCUAGUGGAGAAAUUGUUCCAUCUGAUCUCUGGGCUUGGAGAAAGUACGGUCAGAAGCCUAUCAAAGGCUCCCCCUACCCAAGGGGGUACUACAGAUGCAGCAGUUCAAAGGGGUGUUCGGCAAGGAAACAAGUUGAAAGAAGCCGGACUGAUCCCAACAUGUUGGUCAUCACCUACACUUCAGAGCACAAUCAUCCAUGGCCAACUCAAAGAAAUGCUCUUGCAGGCUCUACAAGAUCCCAGCCGACCAAGAGCGGUUCAACUUCGAAAGCAACAAAUUCUUCUCACGCCCAGAAAGCUACCAACUUAAAGGAAGAAGAGAAGCCUGAAACUCAAACUGAUAAUGCAUCAUCACCCAUUGUAACAGGAAGUUCCAGCACAGGCCAAGUAGUAAAGGAGGAAACAGAAAUGGAAAUGGAAGUAGAAGGUCUUGAUAAGAAAAUGGAAAUGGAUAAUCUUGAUCAGUUCAAUGAAGGUUUCCCACAAAGCUACAAGCCAGGAUUGCCUGAUUCUAACCAUUCUGAAGACUUCUUUGCAGAUUUAAGCGAAUUGGAAGCAGACCCUCUGAAUCUCUUGUUCACACAAGGAUAUUCUGGCGAUGAAGAGCGCGAAAACAAGAACUUGGAAUUGUUCAGUUUCUAUGACUGGACAACCAAUAACAGUUCCAUGACCACGACCACGAUUAUGACCACGACGACCAUCACAAGCUCUCUUGAAGAAGCUAAGAAAGGUUCAUAG